AACAACAAAGUUCGUUCGAUCGAGUACCUCGCCGGCAGCGGGAUCGGGCAAUGGCAGGGGAGUCCCUUGGCCCGCGUGCCCGGCCGACGGUGCCCUCCCCGCCUGACGCAGCAGCCCGGCGGGCGGCGGCGGGGAAGGGGAAGAAGAGAAGCGCGUGGCUGGCGGCGGACGGGAGCAAGCGGUGGGGGGAGGCCUUCUUCCUGCUCUACACGCCCUUCUGGCUCACGCUCUGCCUCGGCCUCGUCGUCCCCUUCAAGCUCUACGAGAGGUUCACGGAGCUGGAGUACUUGGUUAUUGGAUUGGUGUCUGCCGUGCCUGCGUUCCUCAUCCCGCUCUUCCUCGUAGGCAAGGCAGACAACAAUAGAAGUUUGAAAGAUCGUUAUUGGGUUAAGGCUAAUGUUUGGAUUAUGGUUUUCAGUUAUGUUGGCAACUAUUUUUUAACACAUUACUUCUUCACAGUUCUUGGUGCAUCAUAUACUUUUCCGUCAUGGAGGAUGAAUAAUGUACCACAUACAACAUUUCUCCUGACUCAUGCUUGCUUCCUAUUUUAUCACAUGGCAUCAAAUAUAACACUUCGCAAAUUACGCCACUCUACAGCUAAUUUGUCGAUGUCUCUUCAAUGGUUGUUUGAAGUUGCGUGGAUUUUAGCACUCGCAUACUUCAUAGCAUACUUGGAGACCUUAGCCAUUUCAAAUUUUCCAUAUUAUGAAUUCAUCGAUCGGGAUAUAAUGUACACAGUAGGCUCAUUGUUUUAUGCCUUAUACUUCCUUGUCAGCUUCCCAAUGUUCUCAAGGAUUGAUGAAAAAGCAGAGAAGUGGAGUCUGUCGAGGGUAGCCAUUGAUGCCCUGGGUGCAGCAAUGCUUGUCACAAUAAUACUUGACUUGUGGCGCAUAUUUCUAGGGCCAAUAGUGCCCAUCCCUGAGUCAAGACAGUGUGCCCAACCAGGUCUUGCAUGGUUCCAGGUGCACACAUAGCGCAUCUAAUCCUCUAGCAAUCCUGCAAAUUCUUUGUUCCACAUGUACUAUAUUGGACAGUGCUAGCUCUUCAUAGACUAUACUCAUUAUCACUAUAUAGUUUACCAUUAGAGUCUAGAGGGAUGUUGUAGACCUGUUAUGUAAAUGUGGAUGAUUUGUAAAUCUCUUUGUUUGCUUGGUUUGUUGUUUACAAACAAUCUUUGCUUCAUGAUUAAACCUUAUUCUUGGUCAUGCCACA